GUGAGCCCAGCCUGAAAGGCAGCUCUUGGAAGCUUCUCUUGCAGAAGGGGAAAAAAAUCCUUCACCGACCCCUUGCGGCAGGAGCCCGGGGCUGACACUGCAGGGCACCCAGCUUUUGUUGUCUUUGCUCUGGCACCCAUCAGAGGAGUGCGGCUGGAUGGAGCGAAGGAUCUCACCUUUGCAGUAGACAGAAGGCUGAUGCCUCUGGGUCAGGCAGGCAUGAAGGCAGUUGCUGUAACUUUCUGUGUCCUCUGCUUUCAGUUUGAAGCGCUGUACGGAGUUGACAGCUGCUCAUCAUGUGCAUGCAAAAAUAUAGAUCAGGCCCAUGUCUCUGACGGCCAGGUGAUGGUGGAAUUUGAAAAUGGAAACUUCUAUUUCACAUUCCCCAACCCCAAAAAUGUGAGCGAAUUCAGCAUGACUCUCUUCAAAGGGCGUGAAAAGAAGGAAAUCUGUGCACUCCAUUUGAGCAAAGAAAGAGUUAUCUCCAAGAGUAAUGUCACCUACUGUCAGACACAGAAUUCAAGUAGCAGCACCACUUUCAUUCUUAAAAAUCUGGAAAGAAAACAUAUUGACGUUUACACAUACUACCUGGAGAUAUUCUUACCCCCUCCUUACAUAGAGUGCUAUCUGAAAGAAACCUAUUUGUACGUCCAAGAUAAGGAGGACUGCUUUUCACUUGGACUCAUGUUAUGGAUUAUUAUCAGCGUGAUCAUUUUUGCCAUUUCCUGUGUCUGCUGUGUUGUGGCCUGUUGCUUAAGGAACAAGAAUCAGAAGUGUGAAUCCAACUCCCAUGAGUACAACAGUGAAUACAUGCCCAUGGCAGCAGUGAACGCAGCUAAAAAACCAAGAAUCUGAGGUAUAAGUUGCCUGUGGCAUGGAAAUUUUGGAAGCAGUUUUCCAGCUACUUGAACUUGGAAAUCAGCAUUUCCCCACCUUUCCCAGCCUCCCUGAGCUCUCAUGAUGGCCCUGUGCUCAAUCAUGUGACACCCACUGUAGUACUGUUCUGAGCUGUGUUUUGCUCUAGCCUUGUUUGUGAACUGAUCACCCUGCCUGAUGCACUGACUCAUGGACAUGAAAUGAUAACAAGUUAAAGAUGUCAGCUUUUAGUUGAAGAAAAUGUAAGAUUCCUGUAGUGCUGCUACAGAAAUAACUUUUCUUUUCUAGUCUCCUUUAUGAUAAACUUUCCACUGGAGACAAAAAAAAAAAAAAGACUACCUCCAAAGCCAACCCUUGUGGUACAGCCAUACUGCCAUGUAUUGCACCUGCCCUUUUCUUAGGGUUAGUUUAGAAGGGGAACAAAACCUGAGACAGUACAGCAGAGACUUCUCUGUGACACUCUGCCUCAGUUAUGUGCAUUUGCAUUUUUUAUAUUUGUGCUGUCAAUACAUCUUUGCCAUUCACACCUUGGGGCUCCUCUUAUUUAACUAAAUCCAGAAUGCUUUUACUAACAGAGGAAUAUAUUACAAGAUGGAUAUAUUGUAAGGCUGCAAUUGCUCCUUGGGUCAGUUCAAACCUACAAGAUCUGCCUCUAAACUAGGAGGCACAAUCUCUCCUCUUCACGUCUUGCAGCACAAACACAACACAGUCCCUAUGGCCGGUAUAUUCAUGGACUCUGCAUUGCAAUUAUCUUCCUCUUGUCAUUUGGCAUGAAACCUCUACAACUUCCCCAGAGGGUUCAGGGGUUACUUGACGUGCCUCAAAUGGCUCAGAGCCUUCAGUGUGAAUGAAAUGAUCAAUCCUUCAUGCUCCAUGUGAAAUUCAUCAAAACUCUGACCAUAAAUGACCAGAUGUGAAUCCAGCCUGCAUAUCUUGCCAGACACCUUUGGGCUGCUGGAACCAGAGCAGUACAUUGAUUCUAAACAUCUCUGUGAUACAUUAGAAAACCCCAAAUAUUGGUCAGAGGAUACUUUUGAGAGAGAUACACAGCCUGCUUGUCUGGCAUACAGAAGGUUGGUUUCAAAUUUGAUAGGGCAAAUGGGGACAAGGAGGAAAUAAGCUGGCACAUCAAGAACAGGGUUUUCCUCAACGAACACCUGGAUACACAGAAGUAUUGCAGAGAGAAGGUGCAAACUGCUAACUGUGACAUUGAAAAUGAGUAAAGCAUCAAAUGAAGCAGGGACUGCCAAUUACACAGCCCGGCUCAGGGGGGUGUGUAACUAGGUCCUAGGCAGAGAUGGAGAGGGGAACCCUGGUGUAUUGGGUCACAUUAUAUUUUCUGUCACCAUUCUUUGACAAAUUACUUGACCUCCCCAGCAACCUAAGCUCACCUCUGUACAUCCAUAAAUACAUUGAUUUCAUGAUUAAAAAAAAAAAAAAACAACAAAAAACCACCAAACUGAUGACAUUACUGUGUUUGAAAAUUAUUGGUGAAAAUAGCUAUCUACUACCUAUGAGAAGAACUGGAUGCAAGAUCCUAUGUAAGAGUGGAGAGUCUUAUCCUCUGGAACCUUUCACCAGACUGAGAAGGAAAUUUAAGAAACAAAGAGUUUCUGAAAGAAGGAAAAACUUGAGGUUUGCCUUGGGAUGCAGCUGGAUAAACAACAAAUGAUGGAAGUCUGAACAAAUCAGUUCAAAAUACAUACAUCCCGCAUUGGAGAAAUAAAUUACUUAUAUUCCUUAUAAGAAAGCUUGUGGAAGUCUCAGGUGCCAUUACUCCUUUCUUUCUGGAAAAAUAUAUUUUAAUUCUUAAUAAAACAUUUUUUAAAAUUA